CUAAUGCUGGUGCUACUGGUGGCAGUUGUCUCUGCAGUAGUAGCGGAGAAAUCGGCUGUGGACUUGUCACGGCUGCCUGACGGCUUCCUGAUGGGCACAGCCACGUCUGCCUACCAGACAGAGGGCGCCUGGAACGAGGAUGGUAAAGGAGAGAGCAUAUGGGAUAACUUGGUGCACAUGAACCCCAGCUAUUCGGUUGACUGCAGUAACGGCGAUGUGGCAGCCGACUCGUAUCACAAGUAUAGGAGAGACGUCGCCAUGCUCAAGGAAUUGGGGGUGGAUGUCUACAGAUUUUCAGUGUCCUGGCCUCGCAUAAUGCCCACUGGUGACCCGACUGAGAUCAACCACAAGGGCGUCGCCCAUUACGAUGCACUCAUCAACCUGCUGCUGGAGAAUGGUAUCACACCCAUGGUGACGAUGUACCACUGGGAUCUGCCGCAACGCCUGCAAGACUUAGGUGGAUGGGCCAACGCGAUAAUGGCUUACUACUUCGAGGAGUACGCCAAUGUGCUCUUCACCAAGUUCGGCGACAGGGUGAAGUGGUGGGUGACGAUCAACGAGCCGGAGCACAUCGCGGCGGGCUACGAGCCUGCUCUUUCCGUAUACGUACCCAGCGUGGCGCCGGGGCUGCCCGGCCACCCGGGCGUGGGAUCCUACCUGGCGGCCCACACGAUGCUGCUGGCGCACGGCCGCGCCUACCGCCUCUACAACACCACCUUCCGGCACCGCCAGCACGGUCGUCUGGGACUGGCACUGAGCGCUGUACACAUACAGCCUGCAUCGGAUACUCCAGAGGAUGUUGAGGCUGCGCGCCGUCUCUUCCAGUUCCAGGUGGGCUGGUUCGCGCACCCCGUAUAUAGCGCGGAAGGCGACUACCCACUCGUGAUGCGCGAGCGCAUAGACUGCCGCAGUCAGAUGGAGGGUCGCUGGCGGUCGCGUCUGCCCAGCUUCAGCGAACACGAACGCCGGAUGCUCAUAGGCUCUGCAGACUUCAUAGGUGUAAAUGAAUACACAUCAUCACUGGGGAGGUCCAAUGAAUCUGCAGGGGAUGCUGGAGCCAGCAUGGACCUCAACCCACAGUGGCCAACUGCUGCAGCCAAAUGGCUUCAGGUGGUGCCCUGGGGCUUUCGUGAGAUCCUCAACACUCUGGCCAAAGAAUAUCCAGGAUAUCCUAUCUUUGUAACUGAGAAUGGCUAUGCUGACCUUGGUGGCCUCAAUGACACUGAUCGUAUACAUUACAUUGUUAGCUAUAUGUCAGAAAUGCUGAAAGCUAUUUAUGUGGACAAAGUGCCUGUCAUUGGAUACACAUACUGGAGCCUCAUGGACAGUUACGAGUGGGAUAAUGGCUACAGGAUCAAGUUUGGCCUCUACUCGGUGGACUUCAAGCACUCGGACAGGAAGCGGCGUCCUAAGCAAUCUGCACGAGUGAUUGCUGCAAUCAUUAAGCGCAAGCGUCUGCCACAAUGGCUGAACAUGACUGCUGAAAGCAUAGGCAAAAGUUUGGGUUAA